UCGGGUUCUGUAGAGGUUCCGACUCUGAACUUUAGUUCUAGUUUAGUGGAACUGGAGUGAUUGAGGAGUGGAGGUUCGGUCCCAGUUCGGCCCGGUUGGUGUUGAUCGGAGGGGUGCAGAUCCACCCCGCCUCGGUGAAUCAGCCUCUGUAGCGCCGACACGGAGCGCUUUGAUCUUGAGUGGAAGAAUUCGGGAGUGUUUGAAGAUGCCGCUCGCGCAGUUCGCGGAUCCGUGGCACAAACCGGCGGUGGGAUUGUUAGAGCACGAGGAUGAUUCAAUGGGGGACGACUUUCCACCAAUCACGGAUGAAGGUCGGGUGAAGGAGAUCCAGAUCACAGACCUGGUGAAGGAGGGAUCAGAGAAAGCAGAACCACAACACUUUGAGCUCUGUAAGGUUCUGGGACAGGGUUCCUUCGGCAAGGUUUUUCUGGUGAGGAAGGUGAUAGGACCGGAUGCAGGGCAGCUUUACGCCAUGAAGGUCCUCAAAAAAGCAACAUUGAAAGUGAGAGACAGAGUGAGGACUAAGAUGGAGAGAGAUAUCCUGGUUGAAGUUAAUCAUCCGUUCAUUGUGAAGCUGCACUAUGCGUUCCAGACUGAAGGGAAGCUCUAUUUAAUCCUGGACUUUUUACGAGGUGGAGAUUUGUUCACACGCCUUUCCAAAGAGGUGAUGUUUACGGAGGAGGACGUGAAGUUGUACCUGGCUGAACUCGCUCUGGCGCUGAAUCAUCUACACGGCCUGGGAAUCAUCUACAGAGACCUCAAACCUGAGAAUAUUCUUCUGGAUGUAGAGGGUCACAUCAAACUCACAGAUUUCGGACUCAGUAAGGAGUCGGUUGAUCAUGAGAAUAAAGCGUACUCGUUCUGUGGUACGGUGGAGUACAUGGCGCCCGAGGUUGUGAAUCGCAGAGGCCACACCCACACUGCUGAUUGGUGGUCUUACGGCGUGCUGAUGUUUGAGAUGUUGACGGGGAUGCUGCCGUUUCAGGGGAAGGAUCGGAAAGAGACCAUGACCAUGAUCCUAAAAGCGAAGCUUGGGAUGCCACAGUUCCUGAGUUCUGAAGCUCAGUCCCUCCUGAGGAACCUGUUCAAACGAAACCCCGGAAAUCGUCUCGGAGCCGGGCCGGACGGAGUCGAGGAGAUCAAGAGACACCCGUUCUUCUCCACAAUCGACUGGAACAAACUGUUCCGCAGGGAGAUGAAUCCUCCGUUUAAACCCGCCAUUACUCGACCGGACGACACGCUCUACUUCGACGUGGAAUUCACCGCCAAAACUCCACGAGACUCUCCCUGUGUUCCCCCGAGUGCCAGCGCCCAUCAGCUCUUCAGAGGCUUCAGUUUUGUAGCAACAGGAGAUGAAGAUCAGAGUGAACCUCCAAUACAGACCAACACCAGCAUCAGUACUGUGCUCCAGCAUCGUGGGGCGUUAGCGUUCAGUGAUGUGUAUGAUGUGAAGGAGGACAUCGGUGUGGGUUCCUACUCCAUCUGCAAACGCUGCGUCCACAAGAGUACAGGGAUGGAGUACGCUGUCAAGAUCAUUAAUAAAGAGAAGAGAGACCCGGGGGAGGAGGUGGAGAUCUUACUGAGAUAUGGACAGCACCCCAACAUCAUCACACUGAAAGAUGUUUACGAUGAUGGACGCUCAGUGUAUCUGGUAACAGAGCUGAUGAAGGGUGGAGAGCUGCUAGAUAAAAUCCUCCGUCAGAAGUUCUUCUCCGAGAGAGAAGCGAGCGCCGUCCUACACACCAUCACCAAAACUGUAGAUUAUCUCCACAAACAGGGGGUUGUACACAGAGAUCUGAAGCCCAGUAAUAUCCUGUAUGUGGAUGAAUCUGGGAAUCCUGAAUCCAUCCGGAUUUGUGACUUUGGAUUCGCUAAACAGCUCCGAGCUGAGAACGGCCUGUUAAUGACGCCAUGCUACACUGCUAACUUUGUCGCACCUGAGGUGUUGAAGAAGCAGGGUUAUGAUGAAGCGUGUGAUAUCUGGAGUUUGGGAAUUCUCCUCUACACUAUGCUCACUGGAUUCACCCCGUUUGCUAACGGUCCUGAUGAUACGGUUGAGGAGAUCCUGGCUCGGGUCAGCAGUGGUAAAUUAUGCCUGACUGGUGGAUACUGGAACUCCGUCUCAAACGAAGCCAAGGAUCUGGUGUCCAGGAUGCUCCAUGUGGAUCCUCAUAAGAGACUGACCUCCUCUCAGGUCCUUCAUCACCCCUGGAUCGUCCACAAAGACCAGCUCCCCAAAUACCAGCUCAACCGCCACGACGCACCGCAGCUCGUUAAGGAAGCGAUGGCGGCCACGUAUUUGGCGUUGAACAGUAAGGUCUCUACGGUGUUGGACCCCAUCGGUUGUUCCACGUUGGCACAGCGGCGCGGCUUAAAAAAACAGACCUCUACUGCCCUCUGACCUUUCACCUUUAUAACCCUCAGCCAAUCAGGAGCAGCGGACCAAAUAUUCUAAAGGGGAUGAAAGUGCUCGUCCAAUCAAAAACGACAAUCAGUGUAAAAUGAUUAAUAUACUGUGUGUGUGUGUGUGUGUGUGUGUGUGUGUGUGUGUGUGUGUGUGUGUGUGUGUGUGUGAGAGAGAGUGUGUGUGUGUGUGUGAGAGAGAGAGUGUGUGUGAGAGUGCGUGUGUGUGAGAGAGAGUGUGUGUGCGUGUGUGAGAGUGUGUGUGAGAGAGAGUGUGUGUGUGUGUGAGAGAGAGAGUGUGUGUGAGAGUGCGUGUGUGUGAGAGAGAGAGUGUGUGUGAGAGAGUGUGUGUGUGUGUGUGUGUGUGUGUGUGAGAGAGAGUGUGUGUGUGUGAGAGAGAGAGUGUGUGUGUGUGUGAGAGAGAGAGUGUGUGUGUGUGUGAGAGAGAGAGUGUGUGUGAGAGAGUGUGUGUGCGUGUGUGAGAGAGAGAGUGUGUGUGAGAGAGUGUGUGUGCGUGUGUGAGAGAGUGUGUGUGUGUGAGAGUGUGUGUGUGUGUGUGAGUGUGUGUGUGUGAGAGUGUGUGUGUGUGUGAGAGUGUGUGUGUGUGUGAGAGAGAGUGUGUGCGUGUGUGUGUAGGGAUGUGGGUUGAUAGAAUCAUUUCUUAUGAUGAUGAUGAUUUAUUGUUUCUGGAUGAUAAAACACUGAUCAUGGCGACGUGAUUCUGAUUUGAUAUCACGAUAAUCUGAUUAAUCAUCUCAGUAUUAAAAUCAAUAUUAAUCAGUAAAAUAUAAUAAACACAACAUGAACCUCCCAAAAACACAAAUCAAACCUCAAUUAAAUCCACCGUCUCAUUAUUAUUAUUUAAUAUGACCGUAAGUAUGUGGACGCCUCUGCUGAUUAUUGAUUUAUGGUGUUUCACUUGUAUAAAAACAACGAUAUGCUUCUAACUUUGUGGCUACAGUUUGGGGAAGGCCCGUUUCAGCAUGACUGUGGCCCUGUGAGACAGGUGUCAACGGUGAGCCAGAUCAUGUCACUUCACAAAUGAUGUUUUAACUGGGCAUAAAUUCCCACAAACAAAAUCCUAAAUAUUGUAGGGUGCCUAAAAACUUGGAUGUAAAGUGCACAGCGUGUGAUUGAAACACAGCCGAAAUGAAACAGCAGUGAUACAGAAAAUCACAAUAUAUCGUACAACUGAUCAUCUGCACCAAACACUCCCAUCAGUUCCAGUUAUUAAUCCCAUCAGUUCCAGUUAUUAUUCCCAUCAGUUCCGGUUAUUAAUCCCAUCAGUUCCGGUUAUUAAUCCCAUCAGGUCCAAACCGACUGCAAUGAUUUUAAUAAAGCUCAGAAAAAACAUCAAAGUACAUUUCUGAACGUUUUUAUCAGUAAAAGCAGAAAAUCGUCCUGAUUUAUAAAUAAUCUUUUAUCCAGCGACCCUGACCAGAGAAGCACGUGUUCAUCUCACACCGUUCCAUCUGAUCUGAUCUGGAUUGGUGUUUCAUGAGCAGUAAUUGAUUCUGUAAACGUUUGCAGGAUGUUGGUGGAGUUUGGAGGUGAUUCGGCUCCGUCCUCGUCCUCUGUGUGCAGGUUCUGAUCUGAUCAGAUUAUCAGAUUAAAAAUCAAUCAGAUCAUUAAAUCACCUCCUGAUUAAAAAUCCUCCUUCAUUUAAAAAAGUCCAGGUUCUCUUUCUGCUAAUCAGAAGGUCGUUGAUUCAAGCCUCAGUAUCACCAGGUUGACACUGUUGGGCCCCCGAGCAAGGCCCCUGUAUUGUAUUCAGUCUCUGUUGGUAAAUGCUGUAAAUGUUCAUUUCUUUCUUUUCAGACGUUUCAGCUUGAAUUAAAAGAUGAAAUAAUGAAUGAAAGGAAAAAGUGAAACAUGUUGAGGUUCAUGAGUAAAUCGUUUCACUGUUUAGAUUUUAUGGCUGAUUAAAUUUUUCUUUAUUUUGCUUUUGUGUUGGUUUAUCUUCUCGUCUGGUUUCUGUUAUUGUGAUGAUUUUAUUAUAACGAGACGAUUCAGUCACACCAAAGAUUCAGAGCAGAAUUAAACUCAGCAGCUCUUCUUUUGUGUUUCUGAUUCUUUGUGUGAAUGUAAAACUUGUUCUUUUAUUUGUUAGAAAAAUCUGUUCAUAUCAAACAAAACAAACUGAUGAUGCAGAACUGAAGAUGAUUUUGAUUUCUUUCAACUUUUUGAUGUCCGAGUGAAUCGGAGCUGCUGGAAACACAAACUGCUGUUUAAUCUUUUAUUACCAUCAUCAAUCAAUUCAGAAUCCAAAUAAUAAUAAAGUCUCACUGUUAGAA